CAAGCAAAAGAGGCGCGAGUGAGUUAGCCGCUGUCUACGAGCUUGUAGAUGCGCCAGCGACGUUGGCAAGCCACGCUGUCGCAUCGCUGCAAGGGCUGAUCGAAGCGUUCAAAUCCGUGCGGCUCGCGCUGCCACUCUGCCGGCUAAACAGAGGCCAGGCGAAUUGCCAGCGCCGGCCGCGCUGAAGCCGCUGCGCGCGCGAGCCCGCCGGCGCAGCAGUGAGCCGCCGCGACCAAGCAACAAACGAUGCCGCUCGACCUCGACCGCUGCAUCGCGCAGUUAAAGGAGUGCGAGACGCUCACGGAGAACGAGGUGCUGGAGCUCUGUGACCUGGCGAAGGAGAUUCUGGUGGAAGAGUCGAACGUCCAGCGGGUGGAUGCGCCAGUUACUAUUUGUGGCGACAUUCACGGCCAAUUUUACGACUUGAUCGAGUUAUUUCGGGUCGGCGGGGCCUGUCCGGAACGGAAUUAUUUAUUUUUGGGUGAUUUCGUGGAUCGCGGGCAUUAUUCCGUGGAGACCUUUCUUUUACUGCUAGCUCUCAAAGCUAGAUAUCCGGACCGCAUCACGUUGAUCCGAGGCAAUCAUGAGUCGAGACAAAUAACCCAGGUGUAUGGGUUUUACGACGAAUGUCAGAGAAAAUAUGGAAGUGUAAAUGUCUGGAAAUAUUGCACGGAAGUGUUUGACUUCCUAUCACUGUCGGCUAUUGUAGAUGACCAGGUCUUCUGCGUGCAUGGCGGUCUGUCGCCAUCCGUGAACACCUUAGAUCAAGUCCGAACGAUCGACCGGAAGCAGGAGGUGCCGCACGACGGCGCGAUGUGCGACUUGAUGUGGAGCGAUCCGGAAGAGAUCUCCGGGUGGGGUUUGUCCCCGAGAGGCGCGGGCUACUUGUUUGGGGGAGAUGUGGUCGAGAAGUUCAACGAGGUGAACGCGCUGAAGCUCAUCGCGCGGGCGCAUCAGCUGGUCAUGGAGGGCUACAAGCCCUUAUUUGACGAAACGCUCGUCACGGUCUGGAGCGCGCCGAACUAUUGUUAUCGGUGCGGGAAUGUUGCUGCCAUAUUGGAGCUGGACGGGGAGCUGGCGCGAACAUACAGAAUCUUCGAGGCGGCGCCGCAAGAGUCAAGAGGCGUCCCUCAAAAAAGCCCGGCGCCGGAGUACUUCCUCUGAGCCUUGUUUUUUCUUUCGGUGUAAGUAGCG